AUGCACCUAAACUGUAUAGGAACCUGGAAAGGAAAAAAUGAUGAGAAAUACCUUGCAGUUGAGGACGAGGAAAGUGGUCAAAUUAGAUGUGGCAUGCUUAUGCGACUGUCACCCGAGAAACUGGUACUUCAUAUGUCCAGUAAUGCUCAAUGCGAUAAGCUUUCACCGAAUUCAACUUAUGCUACUGAUACUUAUCGUUUCCGACACAAAAAAUCACAACGUAAUUUGGCAGUGUGCCGAUUCCCAGAGUGGCUUCAAGGCGGAUACAGUGACGUGACCAUAAAUGGAGGAAAAUUUAUCUAUAAAUCUAGCGCUCCAGAAUCCGGAUCAGCAGUGUCUUAUUGUAUCGAUGCUGAUGAAAAUAGAGUAGCCGUCUUUUCGGAAACCUUGUGUGAGGAAGCGGUUGGUUUCCACUGUUUCUGGUUUUCUUCAAGAUCUGAUUCCGUUGUUGAAUUCAAAACUACAGGUCGUUUCGAUAACUAUAAACCGGAUCUUUGCAGGAAUGACCAAGCGUUCGACCGUUCUUCAUGGGCAGCUAUGGUUGCUGCAAAACCUGAUUCUGUCUCUUGCGGUUAUACUGGCAUAUAUGAAAGUCCAACAAAAAGUGGAGACAGUGAAUGUUACCGAAUGACGGUAGAUUGUAAACAGAAUAGCAUAAUGAAGGUGACAGCUUAUGAGUGCUCAACCGGGAUCACACACGACACUACAUGUGCAGAAAAGCCGAAAAAACCAGAUAGCAUCAAAAAGCUGGAAGUUAAUGAAGACAUUAAGGAUGUUAGAACUGUUCAAGGCGUAAGUAAUGUUAAUGUCACAAAUCGAAGAUACUAUCCAAGCAACAAAAAUGUCUCAUAUUAUAGAACUGUAGUAUACAGCAAAGCACCGCUUAGCUAUUUAAGCGUGCACCUUUUACCAGUGAUAGUUAUUUUGGCAGUGUUAUAA